CCCCAUGUUCUCCUCUUUACGACAAAAAUUCUCCCUAGGGUUUCGAAGUCGAUAACAGAGAGAGAGAGAGAGAGAGAGAGGGAAGCUACGUAGCAAUCAGAGAGAGAGAGAGAGAGAGAGAGAGAGAGAGAGAGAGAGAUGAGCAAUGUCCAUCGAACAGUGGGCGAAGAAGAAGCAGGAGUAGAGAACUGGUUCCAGCGAUUGCCGGACGACGUCGUACUCCACAUCUUCGGCAAACUCUCCGACGUCAAAUGGCUCUGCAGAUGCUUUGUCGUCGCGAAGCGAUUCUCUGCCCUCAUCCCUCUCGUCCAAACAGUCUCCUUCGUAACCAAAACCUGGAAUUCAGUUUUCAGCAUUGAGGAAGGGGAUCUCCAAGGAACGAUUUUCCUCGGAAAAUUCUCGGGAUUCUUAACCAACAAUUUUAAACUCACUCGCUUACCUUCUCAGCGACUGAAUUUUCAUGACGUCGUGUUCCGUUUGAAACAGAUUGAGUCUCUGAAUAUUGAACUUCCCUCCCAUUUCAACGCUAACAAUGAUUCUGUCUUCAAGUGGGGUGCCAAUUUCACCACAACUAUUCUCGAAAGCUUCACCUUUCUCUAUGCAGCAUCUCUAUCUAAAACCGAUGAAGAAAAAGAUCGCAAAGAAACCGAGAAUGAGAUAACUCAAGAUGAGCUAGUUCGGCGGGUAAAUCUCGCCCUGGAUUGUUUUAAAAAUGCCAUGCUGCGGUCAGGAAUCUUGUCUUGUGCUGUCCGGACUUGCUCGAUGCUUCAGAGCAUUACCAUCACCGAUUUGAAGAACAAGGGGGUGAAGCUCUGUUUGGCUGGUGAAAAGCUUGUGCAGUGCAGGAAUACACUUGAAGUAAGCCCUACGAUUUCCUCGGAAAAUUUUGGGUUAUGGGCCCUAGAGAACAUGAGGGGUGGGUAUGUGCCUGUUUUACAACUGCCAAUUUCUGGGUAUGUCAUGAAGGGGGUGACCAUUGUUGACUUCAACAAGUUUGCUUUUGAUGAUACGUCCAUGUUGGAUGCGUUUGCAGAGGAGAAAGGUGUUUUUUCGGAAGCCGUGGUGCAGAUUCUGGAAAAGCAUAAGGGCAGUAUCAAGGCAUUGUUCUAGCACUAUAAUUGAUGCUAUAUCUGAAUUAUGUCUUUACUUGCUUUCGGUUUUAACUCUUCAAUUUCAUGGAAAAGCAUAAGGGCAGUAGCAAGGCAUUGUUCUAGCACUAUAAUUGAUGCUAUAUCUGAAUUAUGUCUUUACUUGCUUUCGGUUUUAACUCUUCAAUUUCACUUACCGACUAAGAAGCUUAAGGUGCAAUGCCAUUUAAGGGUUCUGCUUGAAACUUAGUAUAUGAACGUCAAUUCUAGUAAACGUGCUUACAUUGUUGUAAGAAUUUUCAAGAAUUUUGCUUAGAGGUUAUGGUUAUUGUAAAUCUUGAACCUUAAUUUUGUUAUGCAGAAGUGCCUCAAAUUUCACGUUUUUAUUAUUGGAAAAACUAGAGGGCCAUUGCGCAAAUCUUUGAUUUCACCAUCUAAAAACUGCAAGGAGAAAUACAGAGGUAGUUACUAGUUACAUGGUUGCAUAGAUCACAUUCAAGCAGCUAGAGUUACCUAAAGAGUUUUAAUCAUUGAAGCCUGUAGGAACCAGUAAGCAUUUAGUUUUGGUUCGUCGUUGGUAAACAUUUAUAGUUUUAGUGUAUGCCAUCUGAUUGGGAUCUCUAUCGUUAAUGGGAUUGUAAUGAUAGAUGGAUGCAAUUGGUAAUGCAUUGGCAUCAUUAUAUGUAUUUUUUUUUUUUUUCGGUUCAAGUUUGAUUUCAUUGAAUGCCCAAACCAGAAAUACAGAAUCCAGGGAAACCCCUGAUAAAUCAACCGCAGCCAAACAGAGCCUCUACCCAACUAUGUAAUCAAGCAACAAAAGCCUAAACAAGAAACUCAAGGUAGAUGGAGACAUGGAGUAAUAUCCAAGACAACACAGGCUAAAAAAAACAAGAUUAACAAACAAAAGACACCUAAGUCCGAUGCUAACUUUGCUGCAGAAGCAGAACAACACUAGGGAGACCUCAAAUGUUGCACAUUCUUCUAUUCUUCUUGGAUGGUUUCACCAACCUAUUGGAGCAGAGGAAGCCCUUGAUGUUAGAAUAAUCCCACAGGCUAACUGCCCACAAUCCACAGUUCUGUUUUGCAAUAUUGUAUGAUUCCUCUCUAACAAUAUAUGAUAAACCACUCACCACCCAAAGAACAUUUCAAAAUCAAACUAGUAAAGCCUUUCCCCUCCACAUUAGUCACAUACCGGUCCACAAUAUCCUUGAGCCUGCAAGACAAGAAGAAAUGCCAUUCUUACUAGUAAUACUCUGCCCAAGCCGAUCAAAAAAAUAAAAUAAUAAUUACUCCUCUCAAUCUCUCUGGAAUACGGACAAUCAAAGAAAAGGUGCUUGAAGCUCUCCUUACCCCUUCCACACAUAUCGCAAUCAUCAUUUACAUUCAAGCCCAAAGAUACCAGUCUAUCAGUUGUGUUUAGUCUUUGUUGGACUGCUAGCCACAAGAUAAAUGCUCAUGUAGGCACAUGCUUCCCCAGCCGUAUCACACCAUUACCAGUUCUGAAAUGGAUACUUAACCCUAGUUGAUUUCCCGGCAUAUUUAAUAGAAAAAGUCCCAUCCACAUAAUAUAAUAUAUUGUUCAACACUGGGCAAAAAAUCAGGAGUCUUAUCCAUAAUCUGUAGAAUAUUUUUGUUCCUUGUUCUAGGCCAUUGCCAUUGCCCAUUAUGAAUAAUAGAAGAAACCUUUGCUGUGAGAGACCUACCAAGGUUAAAGACAAACUCAAAGCCAUCCCAAAUCUUUUAUGGAGUGGCCCCAUGGGGUGCCAAUUGUUUAACCAUAGGAAGGUGGGAUGGCCAUUCGCAACAGUGUAAUGGAUUAGAGGUUGCCCAAGAGUUCUAACACAGAGAACAUCCAAGAUGCAUUAUUUGGAACUGCCAUAUGCCAAAUAUUUUGAUAUGUUAGUGCGAAUCCCACUUAACCCAAAGCACGUCAGCCUUCCUACAUAAAUCCCAGAGGUGCGUCAUAACUGCAGCCGUAUUCCAUUCUUUAAGUCUUCUAAACCCCAAAACACCCUCCUCCGUCAGACUGCUAGUCAUAUUCCAGCUAACCUUAGCACAAUUAUGCCUCAACUUUGUACCAGACCAGAGAAAUACCAUGAGGGUAGAUUCAAUUUCCUUAAUCACCCUGCCUGGGAUCAAGAAGAUAGGGCUCCAAUACACUUGAAUACUAAAAUGGAUAGAUUGGAUCAACUGAGCCCUUCCACCAUAGGAAAGGGAUUUAGCUAACCAACUCUGAAUUCUUUUUAAGAUUUUCUCUUUGUUAUCUUGCAAUUUUAACCCUUGUUCAGAAUUCAACUCUAGUAGUUUCCAUACAUAGCUUGUUUCAUGGAAGCUUCCAAAGGUUCAUAAGCUACAUUGACUGGGAAAUUGGUUGCUCUUGAAGCUUCUUGACUUUUUUUACCAUUAAGGUUCAAGAUAUAAAUGGAAUAAUAUAGUUUACACUUGCGGAUUUUUUUUUCAGUUCAACUUGAUUGUGCUUAUCUUCUUGUUGGAAAAAUAUUCUAUUGUCUUUAUGCCUUCUCUGGAUUAUUGAUAAAUCAAGUUAUGUCUAAUGGAGGGUUUACCGGUAAUAUUGUAUACUAUCGUUAUCAGUAUGCAAGAAAUUGACCAACUCUGAAGCGUUCCACGAGGGUAUUAUCUUUUGGUGCUUAGUUCCAUUUCUUUGUUUUUACUUUGUUGAUUGAUGGUUGGCUACAUUCAGAAUGCUCCUAAAUGUAUAAAAUACUCCUAUGGGAUAUUCUGUCAAUUGGAUACUUUGUUGAUAUGUUAUGUUAAAUAUUCACCUAGCAAUUACAUUUUGUUAAUCCGAGUUUACAAUGAAUUAUGCGUGAAUCUAUAUCUUCGACACGUACGAUUAUCCGGAAAAAUUACGUGUAUCUUUUGUGUAUCCAUGUGUCCUUGAGAUUAAAAUUACGUGAAUUCGACACUCAAGAGUCUUAGACACAUACUGUCACUUCACACCCGAACCCGAGUUCAUGUAAUGUAUGAUUGGUAGCGUGUUGCUUUAAAGAGAGAGAAUCAUUUCCAGAAGAAAGAUAUAACACAUUUUUAUCUAAUUACAUUAGGAAAUAUGUAUAUAUAUAUAUAGCAUAUACUAUGUAUAUAAUCGACUUUGUGCGAUGAUUCCUCUUCUUCAACCUAUUAUAGAUCGAAAGACAUUAAUAUACAACAAAUGUCUUCGUGAAAACAUGGAAGGAAAGAAAAAAGGUUAUUGCAACUGUCAUUCUGAGCAGACGAUCUUUUGUGUCUUCGUGUCAACUAUUUGCUUCACAUUUUACUUUAUUCAUUUGAUCUUUUUGAGUCUAUUUUGGCAUGGUUAUUUUGGCAUCAAAUUACUAUGUAGUAUUGGUGCUUGUAUUAACUUGCAAGUUUCACUCUUGCUUGAAACUAGACUUCUAAAACUUUUACAGAAUUAGAGACUGAUGAUCUCUCUCUCUCUCUCUCUCUCCCUUGGUCGGAGCUGGGAUUUUGCCUGGAUUGAAAUCCCAAAGGGGCUCCGAUCUUUGCUUUGAAUCCAUUUUCAUUUUUCUUUUCAUUUUUUGCUUUUGUUUGGCUACUUCAUUGUUUCAAAUCUUUAAAAAAAAAAAUUCCCCUUCUUUAGUUGGGUUCGCAUUGAUUUCAUGGGGGAUGCUACCAAUUUGGUUUUUGACAUCUCCAGAGCCGCUCUGAUGAGGAGAGCUUUUCAUUGAGGGAGGAAAAAACUUUUGAACUUGUCAGGCCUGGUUGCUUUGAUUUCUUGAGGGAGUUGAGUGCUGAUAGUUGAAUGAUGGCGGUGAUCUUAAGAGUUUCCUUUCACGAUCAAUUGGAAUUCGAACUGAACUGGUUGGGAUUAAGUUACUGAAGAAUUCGCAGGGUCAAACGAGAGCAAUGAUUUCAUGGCAAGUUUGAGAGGAAGAGAAAUGGAGUGUAGCCUUCUUCAAAACAAGGAGGCACAUUUGUGGUGGUAAUUCUCACAUUCUUAUAUAGGAGGGAGAAAGUAUGUAUACUGAAAAGUGAAGGGGUGACGAGUGGUCGAUGCGAAAUGAUAUUCGCAUCGACGCUGUUGGAAUUUGAUUUUUGUAGGAGACACAUUAUUGAUGCCCGAAGAGAUCCCUUUUCGAUGCCCUUGGGUAUCACAGCUAACCACCUCUAUGAUGACGACAGAGCGAUGGGUUUCUUGGGUCGGCUUUUUCCAGGACAUUGGCAACCAAGGUUCCGAUUAUGGAGAUUAAGACCAUCUUCGAAUGGAUUGAGCAGAUUUAUGGGAAGAAUAAAUCAAUAGCGAAUGAAUUCCCAGUGGAUUUUGGAGCUAUAAGAGAAGGAAAGCCCGUUAACACUGUCAACUAUUACUUACCGGAAAAAACACUGUCAGCUAUCGUAGUUCCAACUCUUCGAGUGAUGGUAUUGCGGGUAGUCGGGAGCAGAAAGUCAUUGAGCAGGCUGUGAUGAGAAAGUUCGGCAGUUCAGGGGCGGAGGAUACGGUGACGCAUGGAGCAGCGCAGAUGGAGAAGAUGGUGGGCUCGUAAGUGUAAUCCUACCGUGGAGAAAGAUGGUACGAAAUACAAUACACGAAUGAAAGAAGCAAUCUCUUUGGUGCGCGCAAGUGUAACCAUACCGAGGCGAGUAAGAAAAGCCUUGGAAAAAUCAAUAUCUAGAGGGAUGGAGACGUGACACAAGACAAGGGUAAUUCAGUGAAAAAUUGAACAAAUGGAGGUGGAUGCUUCUGACUUCUGAGUUUGAAGGAUCGGCCCAAUAAAAGGUUUCACAUGUGACGCAACGAAAAACAUCAAGGACAAGAAACAUUAUUACCGUUCACGUUUUCUCUAGAUUGUUUGAUCUAUUUCCUUCUCAUUGUAAUAUUUUGUUACUAUUAUUAAUGAAAUAUUUAUUUUGUUU